CACUCCUGGAAUGGCCAACUUACUCCAGUAUGUAUGCCUUGGCACCACAUCUUUCUCUUUAUCAAUUUGUUAUUAAUAUGACCUGAAGAAUGAUUUCUCUCUAUUAAUUUAUGAUCGCUAUACUGAUCGAAAGCUUGAGGGCAACCAUGUUGCCACCAUGGAUGCUCCUUCUUCCUUCAACCAUUGGUUUCAUCUGCCUCCUCAAGCUCUCAAUCUCUCUUCUCAAAUGGACCUUCACCACGAUUAUCAGACGGCCAAAAAACCUAACCCACUACGGCUCAUGGGCUCUCAUCACCGGAGCCACAGACGGCAUAGGCAAAGCCUUAGCCAAAAAGCUCGCAGCACAAGGCCUCAAUCUAAUCCUUGUCAGCAGAAGGUACAACAAGCUCAAAGCACUGGAAACUGAGUUCCUAGCGGAAUAUCCCCACACCAAAAUCACCACUGUGGAGUUUGACUUCACUGGGAACAUCUCGGAAGGUGUUAAAUCCGUAGAGAAAGCCAUCGAUGGAUUGGAAGUAGGAAUUCUCAUAAACAACGUGGGGAUUACGUACCCAUCAGCUAUGUUCUUUCACGAGGUUGAAGAGAAAGUGUGGAUGGACAUCGUUAGGGUUAAUAUGGAAGGAACAACUAGAGUUACAAAAGCUGUCAUAUCAGGGAUGAUAAAGAGAAGGAAAGGUGCUAUUGUGAAUAUCGGUUCAGGUGCUGCCACUGUCAUACCUUCACAUCCUCUCUUCACAAUCUAUGCAGCUACAAAAGCUUACAUUGAUCAGCUAUCAAGAUCUCUGUAUGUGGAGUACAAAAAAUUCGGAAUAGAUGUGCAGUGUCAGGUACCGUUGUAUGUUGCAACAAAAAUGGUAUCGAAAGUGGCAUCUAUAAAUAAAAAAUCAAUUUUUAUACCGUCCCCGGAAGAUUAUGCAGAAGCUUCAAUUGGUUGGAUUGGAUAUGAAGCAAGGUGCACCCCUUAUUGGCCUCACUCUCUUCAAUGGAGCUUCGCUUCCUUGCUUCCUCCCUCCAUUCUUGAUGCUUGGCGUCUUUCUAUUGGCAUCCGCAGAAGGAGAUCACAGUCACAGUCAAUAUCUGCAUGAGCCCAAUUACUCUUUAGUUCUUUCUACAAAUAAAAAUUAAUUAAUUUAAUUAUUAAUUUAUUCAGUUUUUGUCUGUUAAAAUGAAGAUUAACCUUUUUUUUAAUGGUAGCAUCAUUAAGAUGGGUCACAUUGAUACACGAUUUCCAUUGAAAAAU